AUGGAUUUAACGGAAGGAGUUGGGGAGAGCUCUUCACCGCCGAGAAGCUUUGGUAGUUUUAGCAACUACGAUGUGCGAAACGACGUGUAUAAUCGCUUCAUGGAGAGUGGUCACGAAGAAGCUGUUUCUAAUCCUGAGUUGUUUCGCGAACUCCUCGACUCUCACUUCAAUCGCUUGCCUGCUAGUUAUGGACUGGAUGUUAACAUGGAUAAAGUGGAAGACGUUUUGAUACAUCGAAAACUACUUGCGAUGGCAAAGGAUCCAGAGAGACGUCCUGUUUACCAUAUCCGUUUUUUAGAGAACCUUAGCAUUAAAACAGAGAGCAAUGGCGACCAACAGUUUAUUAGUGUGACUUCCUUCCCGAGGCCAGCGUGUGAUAUAGAUGAUGGAGGAGUUGUGGUAUCACAAAAGAGGGAUUGCACGAUUGACUUUGAACCUUGCUCUAAGCUCGGGGAUCUGAAUUUGGAUGCUAGAAAGAGUUCCAAGGACAUGGAGGAGAGGUAUCAUCCAGAGGAUGUUUCCAGAAGGCAAGAAGUUUCACAUGUCCCGAUUCAUGAAGUAAUAUUUUCUACUGUAGACAAGCCCAAGCUUCUUAGUCAGCUUUCUGCUUUGCUUUCAGAUAUAGGGCUUAACAUCCGUGAAGCUCAUGUCUUUUCAACUGCUGAUGGCUACUCUCUGGAUGUAUUUGUGGUGGAUGGAUGGCCUAUUGAGGAUACAGAUGGUUUGUAUAAGGCUAUGGAAGAAGCAGUUGCUAGAAGUGAGUGGAAGAAACCCGUGCAUACUGUGGAAGAGAAUUUAUCUGUAUCUGCUGGGGUAGUUCCAAGUCAUGCUGCUUCAGUUGUGGUUAUCAGUUAUGUCUUCUGGAUGAAAAGAAGACUGGGUAUUUUAGGGAAGAGGUUGUAUUUUGGGUCAUGGUCUGGUUCUUCACAUUCCCAUUCAUCUGUAGAUAAACCAUUAGCAGCUCAAGCAAAACCUGGAGAUUGGGAAAUAGAUAGAAAGUUAUUGAAGAUAGGAGAAAGGAUUGCAUCUGGAUCUUGUGGAGAUUUGUAUCGUGGAGUUUACUUUGGUCAAGAUGUUGCCAUUAAAAUUCUUAGAUCUGAGCAAUUAAAUGGUACUCAAGAAGAAGAGUUUGCUCAAGAAGUAGCAAUUCUAAGGGAAGUCCAACAUAGAAAUGUUGUUCGUUUUAUUGGUGCAUGCACACAAUCUCCGCAUUUGUGCAUAGUGACAGAGUUUAUGCGUGGAGGAAGUCUCUAUGAUUACUUGCAUAAGAAUCAUAAUGUAUUGGAGCUCCCUCAAUUGCUGAAGUUUGCGACUGAUGUUUGCAAAGGAAUGGAGUAUUUGCAUCAAAACAAUAUCAUUCAUAGGGAUUUGAAGACAGCAAAUUUGCUCAUGGAUACUCAAAAUGUUGUUAAGGUGGCAGAUUUUGGGGUUGCUCGGUUCCAGAAUCAAGGGGGAGUCAUGACAGCAGAGACUGGAACCUACAGAUGGAUGGCACCUGAGGUAAUAAACCAUCAGCCAUAUGAUCAGAAAGCAGAUAUAUUCAGCUUUGCUAUUGUAUUGUGGGAGCUAGUGACUGCAAAGGUUCCAUAUGAUAGCAUGACUCCGCUACAAGCUGCUCUGGGAGUGAGACAGGGCCUGCGUCCUGAUCUCCCUCACAAUGCACAUCCAAAACUAUUAGAAUUGAUGCAAAGAUGCUGGGAGACAGUUCCUGACAAGCGGCCAUCCUUCUCUGAGAUAACAGUUGAACUCGAAACCCUUCUGCAAGAAAGUCAGGAGACCAUCCAAGUUGAGUUGUGGCUAAGAGGGAAUAUAUCCAAGCGACAAGAGGAGCCACUCGUUCUUUCUGACGCAUUGAAUAGUGGACCGACAGUACCAUCGAUAGUGAUGUUCCCUACUAAAUGCACAACUUGGUCCAUUCAAUGA